AUGGCUUCGUGUACAGCAGAAUGUGUUAUCUCGUCGCUUUUGGACACUGAUUUGUACAAAUUGACGAUGCAUGCUGCGGUUCACAGGCACUUUCCCAGUGUUGACGUCGAGUUUAAAUACACAAACCGUACUCCUUUGAUGAAGUUUUCCCUCGAGUCGUACGAGUAUGUGAAGAGCCAGAUCGAGUUGUUGGGCGCUUUGAGGUUUACCACUGAUGAGAUUCGCUACUUGAAAAAGGAAGUCUCGUACUUGCCUGCAGACUACUUUGAGUAUCUCCAAACUUUUAAACUCACUCCAAGAGAACAUGUCAGGUUGGAAUAUGAUCAAACCACGUUUGAGCUUUCCUUGAAGGUUGUAGGCAAGUGGCAGGACACAAUUUUAUACGAAAUUCCCCUACUUGCCAUAUUGUCGCAAGCUUAUUUUAAAUUUGUUGAAACUGAAUGGAAUUUCGAUGGCCAGUAUGAAUUAGCUAAGGAAAAAUGCAAAAAAUUGGUUGAUCAUGGAUGUGCCUUUUCCGAAUUUGGAACCAGGAGAAGAAGAUCCACUCAUUCUCAGCAAAUUGUGCUUCAAUCAAUAGUCGACUACUUUCAACAUGAGGUUCCUGAGCUGAAAAAGCAUUUACUUUUGGGCACAAGCAAUGUUUUCUUUGCCAAAAAAUUUAAUUUAAAACCAAUCGGCACUGUAGCUCAUGAGUGGAUUAUGGGAAUCGCUGCUAUUACAGGUGAUUAUCUUAAUGCUAAUUUCAAUUCUCUCAAGUUUUGGUGUGAUACUGUUGGCUUGCAAAAUGCAGGUUUAGCCUUAACAGAUACUUUUGGAACAGACGCCUUUUUAAAGAAUUUUAAAGAGCCUUAUAUUUCAAAUUACAUUGGUGUAAGACAAGAUUCUGGUGAUCCGUUGCUUUAUGCUGAAAAAAUUGCAGAUUUCUACUUUAAUGUUUGUAAAUUACCAAAGUUUUCAAAAAUAAUUUGUUUUUCAGACUCUUUAAAUGUUGAAAAAUGCAUAAAAUAUCACGAUAAAUCUAUCGAGUUGGGUUUGAAACCAACUUUUGGAAUUGGCACUUAUUUUACUAAUGACUUCCAUAAUCUAAACGGUUCAAAAAGCAAUCCUUUAAACAUUGUCAUCAAAUUGAAGGAAAUUGACGGUAAACAUGCAAUUAAAAUUAGCGACAAUAUUGGCAAAAAUAUGGGCGAUGCUGCCACUGUUCAAAAAGUUAAACAACUAUUGGGCUAUCAAGAAAAAAUUUGGAUUUCUGGAGAUGAAUCCCAUAGAUGGUAA